AUGGCGAUGUCCAAACCACCAAAACCACCCAAGAGAUUCAACUACUACAUCCAAACUGGAAUCAACCUGGAACUUGUUUCUCCACUGGCGGAUUCUUGGCUGGACAACAUGAAGAGUUUGGUUCCCUGCCGCCUGAAGAGCCAGAGCACACCUUUGAAAUUGCUGGUUGAUGAGAUCAAGGAGGAAUAUUUAAUCAGCGUCAAGACAUCAAUACUGAAAUACACGCUCAGACGGUCAAUGGAAAGCGACAAGCCCAAAGUCAAAGAUGUGCCUCCUCACAGGCUUGAACUGGAAAUAGUGCCAAAACCUUGGAACGGCUCUUUUGUUCAAGCACGACGAAGGAUGAGCAGUAAUCUUCACUUGUUCAACUCCACGAUGCUGCGUGUGCUGACCCACUGGCACGUCACUUACAAAAAUCUCCGUCUGAUCGACGUGGAGCAGUUCCACAGCAGGGAGGAGUCCAUCGAGCUGUCUGCGUUCCAGCAGAUUGUCAGGAAGCAUCUCGAUAAUGCCCGAGGAAUCCUGCUCCAGCACUGGAUUCCUGAGGUGUGCAGCAUUUAUCAUCAAGGGUGCAGGCGCAAACUGGUGCCUCCGUCCAGCAGCAUGGCCAAACUGCAGCAUUUCUUCAACUGUGCAGCUGUGCUGAUGGCGUCUCAACUGCAAAGUUUGGUAAUAGAUUCAAUGAGGGACUACACACGCCUGAUUUGCCAAGACCCGGAUUCCGACCAAACCAGUGGGCACCCGGGAUUUGUUCUGCAUCUGAUCCUGGAGGACCAAGAGAUCAAAUUUGAGCCAGAUUUCCAAAUGUAUGAGCAGGCCUUUGUUAGCGUCUAUGAUUUGAUGCUUACAUCUAUCGACAUGAUCCCUCGUGUUGAAACCAAACUGUUCCCUGAGUUGCCAGGCUUUCAGUUUGAAGGCACCCUGAAGCCCACCGUCCUUCCAGAGAUCAUUGAGUCGCAGCUGGAGGAGGUUCGUCAGGCGCUUCGGGCUGAGAGUGUCCGACCCAAAGAGUACGUCCACGGGUACGACACAUACGCCGCGCUGAUAUCCAGGCAGACGGAGGAAGAUGUGGAGAAGUUCCUCAGUGAGCAGCACCCCUUAGAGGAAAUCAUGGUGGAGGUGGAACGCUACCAGCAGCUUGCUGACCAGAUUGAAUACACUUCCAUCAAGGUACUACGUCUUGGGAUGUUUGAGGUCCAGUCCCAUAAGCUCAUCCACUCUCUGCUGAAGCGUGCUCAGGAGCUGCAGCAGCGGCUCAUUACCCGGAUGCUGCAUGACCAUCAGGAAAUCAACAAAAAGCUCUGUCAUGAAUUUGAAAUGAUUUCAGGAAAAGCACUGAGCUCACCACCUGAUACUCACAAACUGAUGGAGCUGAAGGCCUACAUUGAUAAGGUGAAGACCACCGAUAUGCCUCUGCUGGAGCAAAGGCUGGCGGAGUCCAACGCCCACCUGUGUUUCCUGGUGGACUUUGUCACCCUGUCGCCGCUGGACAUGGAGCUGAACUCACGGACUGUCCAGUGGUUUAAACGCAUGCCGUCUGUCUUCAAAGAGCACCGACAGAUAGUUGAGGAGAAGACAGAGCUGUAUCAAAGAGGACUCAAGUUGCGCCGGGAGCAUUUUGUGGAAGAACUGGAGAGCUACAGUGCGCAGGUGGAAGAGUUUCUUGCCUUCGGGGAACUUACUGAUCUCAGCAAGUAUCUGAAGAAAGCUCAGACCCUCAGUGCCAAACUGGAGGCAGCCAUGGAAAAGAUAAACAGUUUCAAUCUGGAGGAGGAGGCCUUCAGCUGGCCCGUUUCCCAGUAUCCGCAGCGUAAGCAGAUCCAGGAUAGGUUGACACCGUUCCUGCGCCUCUAUGAGACGGCCUGUAAUUUCUUACAACAACAUGAGCAGUGGCUGCGAGGACCUCUCUCUGCUGUGAACCCUGACAAGGUUGAGGGUGAUGCCAGUAAUUACUGGCGAACACUGUAUAAACUGGAAAAAGACUUCAGUGAAGUACCCAAGGCCCUCUACAUCGUGACUGCUGUUAAGGCGAAAGUGGAGGAAUUCAAGGAACACAUUCCUAUGGUGCAGGUUCUCUGUAACCCUGGUCUGCGUGAUCGCCACUGGGACGCCAUGUCAGAGUUAGCAGGCGUCUCCCUGCAGCCGGCUGGCGACCACACGUGUGUGACUGACUUCCUGUCCAUGCAACUGGAACAGCACCUGAGCAGCUUGGAGGGCAUCAGCGAGGCGGCCAGCAAGGAGUACUCCUUGGAGAAGGCAUUGGAGAAAAUGGCCGGCGAGUGGAGUCACAUGGAGUUCAGCCUCCUGCCUUACCGAGAGACGGGUACCUCCAUCCUGUCGUCUGUGGAUGAAGUGCAGAUGCUGCUUGAUGAUCACAUUGUGAAGACACAGACCAUGAGGGGCUCACCCUUUAUUAAGCCUCUUGAAGUGGAAAUACGGGAAUGGGAGGGAAAGUUGCUGCUUCUCCAGGAAAUCCUGGACGAGUGGCUGAAGGUGCAGUCCACAUGGCUUUACCUGGAGCCCAUAUUCAGCUCGCCAGACAUCAUGCAGCAGAUGCCUAAAGAGGGACGCCGCUUCACGUGUGUUGACAAAACAUGGAAAGACACCAUGAAAGAAGUCACUGCGGACAAACACGUUCUGGCAGUGAUAGCCAUCGACAAGAUGCUGGACAGGCUCAAAAAGUCCAACGAGUUCUUGGAAGUGAUCCUCAAAGGUCUCAAUAACUACCUGGAGGUGAAGCGUCUGUUUUUCCCACGGUUCUUCUUUCUGUCCAACGAGGAGCUCCUGGAAAUCCUCUCUGAAACCAAAGACCCAACAAGGGUGCAGCCCCAUCUGAAGAAAUGCUUUGAAGGCAUCGCGAGCGUGGUGUUCACUGAUGAACUGGAUAUCACCCACAUGAAGAGCAGCGAGGGUGAAAUGGUGCAGCUCCUGGAUAUCAUUUCCACCUCCAAAGCCAGGGGCCAGGUGGAGAAAUGGCUUCUCAAGCUUGAAAGUGGCAUGAUUGCCUCCCUGCAUAAGGUAAUAGGGGAAGCAAUCGCAGCAUACCCCAAUGAGCAAAGGAUCGACUGGGUGCGCGCUUGGCCGGGCCAGACUGUGCUGUGCGUCUCACAGGUGUACUGGACAAAGGAUGUCCAGCAAGCCAUCAAUUCAGGGCAAAAGGCCCUCCAAGCUUAUUUGGAGCAAAACAACCGACAGAUUGACGACAUUGUGGCCCUCGUACGGGGAAAGCUGUCCAAGCAGAACCGCACAACCCUCGGAGCCCUCGUCGUGCUGGACGUCCACGCCAGAGAUGUUCUCGCCACACUGGUGCAAAAGGGAAUAAGCGACGAGAAUGACUUUGAGUGGCUGAGCCAACUCCGCUACUACUGGGUGGAAAAUCACCUCCAGACCAAGAUGAUAAACGCUGGCUUGCCAUAUGGCUACGAGUACCUGGGUAACACCCCACGUCUGGUCAUCACCCCACUUACCGACCGCUGUUACCGCACUUUGUUUGGUGCCCUCCACCUCCAUCUGGGAGGAGCCCCCGAGGGCCCGGCUGGCACAGGAAAAACAGAAACUACCAAAGACUUGGCCAAAGCUGUAGCCAAGCAGUGUGUGGUCUUCAACUGCUCUGAUGGACUCGACUACAUCGCUCUGGGCAAAUUUUUCAAAGGUCUCCUCUCCUGCGGAGCCUGGGCCUGUUUUGAUGAGUUCAAUCGCAUUGACUUGGAGGUUCUGUCUGUGGUGGCUCAACAGAUUCUCACCAUACAAAGAGGAAUCGCUGCCCACAGUGAGAUGCUGCUGUUUGAAGGAACGCAGCUCAAACUGAACCCCUCCUGUGCCGUGUUUAUCACCAUGAAUCCUGGUUACGCCGGACGCUCUGAGUUACCAGACAACCUCAAGGCUCUGUUCAGGACUGUCGCCAUGAUGGUCCCAGACUAUGCGAUGAUCGCAGAGAUUGUCCUCUACUCAUGCGGCUUUGUGACUGCGCGGCCUCUCUCGGUGAAAAUAGUGGCCACUUAUCGUCUGUGUUCGGAGCAGCUGUCCUCACAGCAUCACUACGACUACGGGAUGAGAGCUGUCAAGUCUGUGCUCACAGCAGCCGGAAACCUCAAGCUCUCUUUUCCCGAGGAGAAUGAAGACACCCUGUUGCUGAGGUCCAUUAUCGAUGUCAAUCUGCCCAAGUUCCUGGCCCACGAUCUGAAGCUGUUCGAGGGCAUCACCUCUGACCUUUUUCCUGGAGUCCAGCUCCCCAAACGAGACUACUGCAUCCUCCUGGAGGCCAUUAAGGAAAACUGCCAGCGCAUGAAUCUUCAAAUGACUGAAUUCUUUGCUGAGAAAAUCCUGCAGAUCUUCGAGAUGAUGAUCGUGAGGCACGGUUUCAUGCUGGUGGGGGAACCCUUCGGAGGAAAGACAAGCGCGUAUCGAGUGCUCGCAGCAGCGCUUCAUGACGUCUUUGAAAAGGGCCUGAUGGAUGAGAAUCAGGUGCAGAUCACUGUUAUCAACCCCAAAUCUAUCACCAUGGGUCAGCUGUAUGGCCAGUUUGACCCUGUGUCCCACGAGUGGUCCGAUGGCAUCCUCGCUGUCAGCUACAGAGCCUUCGCCGCCUCCCAGAGCCCUGACAGAAAAUGGCUCAUCUUUGACGGCCCAGUGGAUGCCGUGUGGAUCGAGAAUAUGAACACGGUGCUGGACGACAACAAGAAGCUGUGUCUGAUGAGCGGCGAGAUCAUCCAGAUGUCCCCGCAGAUGAGCCUCAUCUUUGAGCCCAUGGACUUGGAGGUGGCGUCUCCUGCCACGGUCUCUCGCUGUGGCAUGAUCUACAUGGAGCCCCAUAUGCUGGGCUGGCGGCCUCUCAUGCUGUCCUGGCUCAAUACCCUGCCAAGUACAGUCAAUGCCAGGCACAAAGACCUCAUCACUGCCCUCUUCGACCGCGUACUGCCCGCCUGCCUGCAGCUCAUUCGAAAGGCCACCAAGGAGCUGUCCCCAACUUCCGACACCAAUCUAGUCAAGUCCCUGAUGAAUCUGAUGGACUGCAUGAUGGAUGAGUUUCAUGAUGAAGAGCAGAUAAAGAAGAUGAACGACAAAGAUAUUUGCUCAUGGCUGGAGGGCGUGUUCGUGUUCAGCCUGGUGUGGUCAGUGGGUGCCAGCUGUGACGAUUCAGGCCGCGUCAAGUUCGAUGAACUGAUCAGAGAGCUUCUGAACGGGCCCCUGACGGAAGAGACGAUGGCCCGCCACAGCAUUCUGGCCACUGUUGGAGCUCCGCCUAAAGAGCUGACAGUUCCCUUACCCACGGAGGGAUCGGUGUAUCAGUACUGCUUCAUUAAAGAAGGCCCUGGCAGGUGGGAGCUGUGGACAGAUAAGCUAAAGUCUGCUCCCCCCAUCGGCAAAGACAUGCAGUUCAACGAGAUCAUUGUGCCCACUGAGAACACAGUGCGCUACAUGGCACUGCUGCAGCUCCUCGUCACUCACCAGAAGCCCACUAUUUUUAUCGGCCCUACUGGCACUGGCAAGAGUGUCUACAUCACUGACUUCUUGUUGAACCAGCUGCAGAAGGACGACUACAACCCAUUGUUUAUCAACUUUUCGGCCCAGACUACAGCUGCCCAGACCCAAAACAUUAUCAUGUCCAAGCUAGAUAAGAGACGCAAGGGAGUGUUUGGACCUCCACCUGGGAAGAACAUGGUGGUGUUUGUGGAUGAUGUGAACAUGCCUGCCAGGGAGGUUUAUGGCGCUCAGCCCCCUGUGGAGCUGCUGCGCCAGUGGCUGGACCACUGGAACUGGUACGACCUGAAGGACUGCUCCAUGAUCAAACUCGUGGACAUCCAGGUUCUGUGUGCUAUGGGACCACCCGGUGGAGGUCGGAACCCAAUCACACCUCGCUACCUGCGCCACUUCAACAUGAUCACCAUCAAUGAUUUUGAUGAAAAGACCAUGUAUGCAAUCUUCUCCAGGAUAGUAGAUUGGCAUUUCACAAUACGGUUUUCCUUCGCCAAGUCAUUUGCUGCUCUGACCUCUCAGAUUGUCAAUAGCACAUUGUCAGUGUACCAAGAGGCCACCAAGAACCUGCUGCCAACCCCCACAAAGUCCCAUUACUUGUUCAAUCUGCGCGAUGUCUCGCGGGUCAUCCAGGGCAUCUGCCUGUCACGGCCAGAGACUGCAGAUGAACCAUCUGUCAUCAAACGUCUCUGGGUCCAUGAGGUCCUGAGGGUAUACUACGAUCGACUGGUCCACAAUACAGAUCGCUCCUGGCUUAUCAGCCAUUUACAGGUUGUGGUUCAGGAUCACAUGAAGGAAAACUUCCAUCACCUCUUCCAGCAUCUAGACCAGGACCAAGAUGGAAAGGUGACGGAGGAUGACUUGCGCAGCCUCAUGUUUUGUGACUUCCAUGACCCCAAGGGUGAGGACCGCAACUACCGCGAAGUACACAACCUGGACCAGCUCCGUCAGGUGGUGGAGUCACACCUCGAGGAGUUCAACAACAUAAACAAAGCGCCCAUGAAUCUGGUGCUCUUCCGCUUUGCCAUCGAGCACGUGUGCCGCAUUUCCCGCAUCCUCAAGCAACCGAGCGGCCACGCCUUGCUGGUGGGAGUCGGCGGGAGCGGCCGCCAGUCACUCACCCGUUUAGCUGCUUACAUGGCCGAGGCAGAGCUCUUCCAGGUGGAAAUCUCCAAGACCUACGGGACCACCGAGUGGCAUGACGACCUGAAGCUAAUCAUGAAGAAGUCCACGCAGGGCGAAGCUCACGGCGUGUUCCUCUUUACGGACACACAGAUCAAGAUGGAAUCCUUCUUGGAGGAUAUUGGCAACCUGCUCAACACUGGUGAGGUACCCAACUUGUUCGCAGUUGAUGAGAAACAAGAAAUCUGCGAGCAAAUGCGUCUGCUGGACCGACAGCGAGACCGUGAAAAGCAGACAGACGGCAGCCCGUUGUCCCUUUUCAACAUGUUUAUAGAGCGCUGUCGCACACAGCUGCAUGUGGUUUUAGCUAUGAGUCCUAUUGGAGACACCUUCAGGGACCGCUUGAGACGUUUCCCCGCGCUCAUUAACUGCUGCACCAUUGAUUGGUUCCAGACCUGGCCCGAGGAUGCCCUGCAGGCCGUGGCCUGCCGCUUCCUGGAGGAUGUCGAGAUGACUGAUGAGACCCGAGAAGGCUGCAUCAACAUGUGCAAGAGCUUCCACACUUCCACUAUCCAGCUGUCAGUGCGCUUUUUAAAUGAGCUGCAGCGACACAACUACGUUACCCCAACCUCAUACCUGGAGCUCAUUUCCACUUUUAAAGCUCUGCUGAAGACAAAAAGAACUGAGGUGAUGAAGCUGAAACGUCGCUACGAGGUGGGUCUUCAAAAGCUGGAGUCAGCAGCAGAGCAGGUGGCCACAAUGCAAGUGGAGCUCGAGGCUCUGCAGCCACAGCUACUUGUUGCCAGCAAAGAGGUAGACGAGAUGAUGGUGGUAAUUGAACAUGAAUCUGUGGAGGUCGCAGAGACCGAGAAGGUUGUCAAAGCGAAUGAGGCUGUAGCCAACGAACAAGCCAUGGCUGCCAAGGCCAUCAAGGAUGAGUGCGAUGCUGAUCUGGCUGAAGCCAUGCCAAUCCUGGAGUCAGCCCUGGCUGCACUGAAUACCCUCACCACUCAGGAUAUCACAGUGGUGAAGUCAAUGAAAAGCCCACCUGCAGCUGUCAAGCUGGUGAUGGAGGCAAUCUGCAUUCUUAAAGGCAUCAAGCCAGACCGUGUGCCGGACCCUUCGGGUACUGGUAAAAAAGUGGAAGACUUUUGGGGCCCGGCCAAAAAACUUCUGGGAGACAUCAAAUUCCUGCAGAGCCUCCACGAGUACGAUAAAGACAACAUCCCACCAAAUCUCAUCGCCAUCAUUCGCAAUAAGUACAUCACCAACCCAGACUUUGUGCCCGAGAAGAUACGAACCGCUUCGACUGCCGCUGAAGGCAUGUGUAAAUGGGUUUGUGCCAUGGACAAGUAUGAAAAAGUGGCCAAGGUGGUGGCGCCGAAGAAAGAGAAGCUGGCACAGGCUGAGGGGGAGCUGAAGGUGGCCAUGGAGAGCCUGCAGAAAAAACAAGCUGCCCUGAAGGAAGUCCAGGAUAAACUUGUAAAGCUUCAGGAUACUUUAGAGGCUAACAAAAACAAGAAAGCUGACCUUGAGAAUCAGGUGGAUCUGUGCAGUAAGAAGCUGGAGCGAGCUGAGCAGCUGAUUGGAGGUUUGGGUGGAGAGAAAACACGCUGGAGUGAAAUGGCCUUGGAUCUUGGAAAGCUCUACGAUAACCUUACAGGAGACAUCCUCAUCUCGGCAGGAAUAGUGGCCUACCUAGGAGCAUUCACUUCCAGCUACAGACAGGAUCAGACUAAGGAGUGGAUGGAUAUUUGUAGGAGCAGAGAGAUCCCAUGCUCCUCGAACAUGUCUCUCAUGAGCUCACUGGGUGAUCCAGUAAAGAUUCGUGCAUGGACGAUUGCUGGCCUGCCAUCAGACAGCUUCUCCAUAGACAACGGCAUCAUAAUCUCCAAUGCCAGACGGUGGCCUCUGAUGAUCGAUCCCCAAGGUCAGGCCAACAAGUGGGUGAAAAACAUGGAAAAGACUAACAGCCUACAUAUUAUCAAACUGAGCGAUGCUGACUUCGUACGCACUCUGGAGAACUGCAUCCAGUUUGGCACACCAGUGCUUCUGGAGAACGUCGGUGAGGAGCUGGACCCCAUCCUGGAGCCUCUGCUGCUCAGACAGACGUUCAAACAGGGCGGUGCCAUGUGCAUCCGGCUGGGAGACUCCACCAUCGAAUACGCUCCCGACUUUCGCUUCUACAUCACUACCAAGCUGCGCAACCCCCACUACCUGCCUGAGACCUCUGUCAAGGUGACCCUGCUUAACUUCAUGAUCACUCCAGAGGGCAUCCAAGACCAGCUCUUAGGCAUCGUUGUGGCCAGGGAGAGACCUGACCUGGAAGAGGAGAAGCAGGCUCUCAUCUUGCAGGGAGCAGAGAACAAACGGCAACUGAAGGAAAUCGAGGACAAAAUCUUGGAGGUGCUCUCCUCGUCUGAGGGCAACAUCCUGGAGGACGAGACCGCUGUGAAGAUCCUCUCCUGCUCCAAGGUGCUAGCCAAUGAGAUCACAGAGAAGCAGGCCGUGGCCGAGGUGACCGAGCAGAAGAUUGAUGAGACCCGCAUGGGCUACACACCCAUUGCGGUGCAUUCAGCCAUCUUGUUCUUCGCCAUUGCCGACCUGGCGAACAUCGAACCCAUGUACCAGUACUCCCUCGCCUGGUUCAUCAACCUCUUCAUUAGCUCCAUUGACAGCUCAGACAAGAGUGACGAUUUGGAGCAGAGACUGCAGAUCCUGAGAGACCACUUUACCUACACGCUGUAUGUCAAUGUGUGCCGCUCUCUGUUUGAGAAGGAUAAGCUGCUCUUUUCCUUCUGCCUCACUGUCAGCCUGCUCAUACACAACAAGCUGGUGGAUGAGGGGGAGUGGCGCUUCCUUCUAACAGGUGGCGUGGGCCUGGAUAACCGUCACUCCAAUCCCUGCAACUGGCUCCCUAAAAAGUCUUGGGACGAGAUCUGCCGCUUGGAUGAGUUGGAAAGUUUCACAGGCCUGCGCCGCGACAUGACUCACCUCCGAAAUGAGUGGAGGCAGGUCUACGACAGCCCGAACCCACAUCAGUCUGAGUUCCCUGGUGUGUGGCAGGAGAAACUGAGCCAGUUCCAGAAGAUGCUGGUGAUCCGCUGCCUCAGACCAGACAAGAUUAUUCCCAUGGUGCAAGAGUUUGUUUCAGACAGUUUGGGUCAGCCUUUCAUCGAGGCGCCGCCCUUCAACCUCAGCAAGGCGUUUGUUGACAGCCACUGCAGCGCCCCCCUCAUCUUCAUCCUCUCGCCCGGCUCUGACCCCAUGGCAGCUUUGCUCAAGUUUGGAGAUGAAAAGGGCUUCACUGGUAACAAGCUGACAUCCCUCUCUCUGGGUCAAGGCCAGGGUCCUAUCGCAAUGAGUAUGAUUGAGACAGGCAUUAAAGAGGGCACCUGGGUGGUGUUGCAGAAUUGUCACUUGGCCACUUCGUGGAUGUCAACGCUGGAAAGGGUUUGUGAGGGCCUGAACCCAGACACCACACACCCAGACUUCAGACUGUGGCUGACCAGCUACCCGUCCCCUACUUUCCCCGUGGCGGUGCUCCAGAACGGCGUGAAGAUGACCAACGAGGCUCCCAAAGGCCUGCGCUCCAACAUCGCGCGCUCCUUCCUGAUGGACCCCAUCUCCGACCCGGAGUUUUUUAACAGCAGCAGUAAGCCGGCUGUGUUCAAGAAACUCCUGUACGGCCUGUGUUUCUUCCACGCCCUGACCCAGGAGAGGCGAAAGUUUGGACCUUUAGGCUGGAACAUUCCAUAUGAGUUCAACGAGACUGACCUCCGCAUCUCCGUUCAGCAGCUCCACAUGUUCCUCGAGCAAUACCAGGAAGUGCCAUUUGAUGCCCUGCGCUACAUGACAGGGGAGUGUAACUACGGCGGCCGAGUGACUGACGACUGGGACAGACGAACUCUGCGCACCAUCCUGUCCAUCUUUUACACCUCCAAGAUCAUCGAGGACCCCGACUAUAAGUUUGACCCCAGUGGACUCUACUACGCACCAGCUGAGGGCGACUACAACAGCUACAUCGAAUACACCAAGUUGCUGCCGCUCAACCAGUCGCCGGAGGUUUUCGGCAUGAACGCCAACGCAGACAUCACCAAGGAUCAGGCCGAGACGCAGCUGUUGUUCGACAGCAUCCUGCUCACACAGUCCCGCUCUUCAGGCGGAGAUGCCAAAUCCUCAGACGACAUGGUCUUUGAUGUGGCAGCUGACAUCCUGAGCAAGCUGCCUGGAGACUUCGACUUGGAGGCGGCGAUGAGGCGCUUCCCCACCAGCUACAAUGAGAGCAUGAACACGGUGCUGGUGCAGGAGAUGGGCCGCUUCAACAACCUGCUGAGCACCAUCCGAGACUCCUGCACCAACAUUCAGAAGGCCAUAAAGGGCCUGGUGGUGAUGUCUGCAGAGCUGGAGGAGGUGGUCAGCAGCAUCCUGACGGGCCGCAUCCCGGCCCUGUGGAUGAAGAAGUCCUACCCCAGCCUCAAACCGCUGGGGAGCUACGUCAACGACUUCCUGGAGAGGCUCGGCUUCCUGCAGGACUGGUACGACCAAGGCACGCCGGCGGUCUUCUGGAUCUCGGGCUUCUUCUUCACGCAGGCCUUCCUCACCGGCAUCCAGCAGAACUACGCUCGGAAACACAACGUCCCCAUCGACCUGCUCGGCUUCGACUUCGAGGUGCUGGACGACCGGCAGUUCACCCGGCCGCCGAAGGACGGUGUGUACAUCAGAGGACUGUUCCUUGACGGGGCCCGCUGGGACAGAAAGGCCAAACUACUGGCUGAAUCCCAUCCCAAAGUGCUGCACGACCCCAUGCCUGUGAUGUGGCUGAAGCCCAUGAAGCGGGAGGAGGUUCCACCCAGGAUGUGCUACGUGGCGCCGGUCUACAAGACGAGCGAGCGCCGCGGGACGCUGUCCACCACGGGCCACUCCACCAACUACGUCGUCGCCAUGACGCUGAACUCCGACGUCCCCCCGGAGCACUGGAUCAGGCGGGGCGUCGCUCUGCUCUGCCAGCUCAGCUCAUGAGGUUCAUAACGAAGCCA